GCCAUGUUAUAACCAAGCCGGAUGAAAAAAGGAAAACAAAAGGGUGGACACCCCAAGUCAGUGGGUCCUUUAUCUCAGUCGGCUCAACCAACGAGAGAAGUUCACUCACUUGUGUGUGUCUGAUUUGAUCACUGCAGGCAAUGGGCAAAUGCUGCAAAUGCAACAGGAGACUGCUGUGCAUGUGCCUGCUGCCUUGCAUGAUGACCGGCCACCUUCUGAUUUAUAUCAUGGUGUCCAUAUUCGUCACCAUCUCCUACACUCCUCCAAAAAUAACUAUCCACUAUAUUGCCCCAGGGUUUUCUGCUAACUCUUCUGCUUUGGCCUCUCACCCGAUUGGCCCUUUCUGGAACCUUCGUCUGGAGGACGGUGCACUGUGGAACCAGUUGCAGCACGUUUGGGAUCGUCAGCACAAUCCGAUACUGCGAGGAAACACAACUGGGGUGAUAAGGAAGCCAAGAGCUAAGCUUUUGACAGAAAUCGAGGAUGAAUGCCUUUCUGACUGCAGGUCACACAAGUGUUCGGUCCCUCGUAUGCAUGACCUAAACAGCCUGCCAGAACAAAUGAGGGCAUUCAUCAGGUCAAUGCACUGCAGGGAGUAUCCACUCCUUAUCAAUCAGCCUGGUAUGUGUAGGAGGAACAACGGUAGCUUUGGUCUGGAAGCUCCCAUGCUCCUCAUGGCUAUUAAAUCUCAAGUGGGGAACUUUGAAAACAGGCAGGCCAUCCGUGAAACGUGGGGACGCAGUGGUCUGGUGAAGGGGGAAUCAAAUAGGAAAGGCGAAUUAGUGUACACAGUGUUUCUACUUGGAAGGCAGGACUCAAGUACAGGUCCUCAUCCAGACCUCAAAAACCUCCUGGAUCUCGAGAACCAGAAAUAUGGGGAUAUCCUACAGUGGGAUUUUAGAGACACUUUCUUUAACCUGACCCUAAAGGACUUGCUGUUCUGGCACUGGCUCCAGCAAUACUGCCCCACUGCCAUCUUUGUGUUCAAAGGCGAUGAUGAUGUCUUUGUUCGAACAGGUGCCCUCCUGGAUUACCUGCACAAGCAGUGGGAUGAGCACAACCUGUGGAGAGCCUAUACAAAUGAAACUGGCAUGGAUUUGUUUGUGGGGGAUGUAAUCAAUAACGCAAUGCCAAACCGUGAACCAUCCACCAAAUACUACAUACCAGAACGUUUCUACAAAGGCAUAUACCCGCCCUACGCAGGUGGAGGAGGGGUGGUGUAUUCUGGCUCACUUGCAUUACGACUGAAAGAGGUGUCUGAGAGGGUGCGCCUUUUCCCAAUAGACGAUGUGUAUCUGGGCAUGUGCCUGCACAAACUUGGGCUCUCUCCACACCAUCACCCGGGUUUUUUAACAUUUGAUCUCCCAGAGACAGACAAGGGCAAUCCUUGUGCUUACAGAUCUGUUCUGCUGGUUCACAGACGGAGUCCCAAGGAGAUGCUGAUGCUGUGGAGGCAGCUCCAGAAUCUGCCCGGCCCUAUGAAAGUCGCAAGAAAUGUACCUUUCCUCCAAAGAUUUCCGUAACACUGGGGAGGAGACUGAUCUACCUCAAAGGAUGCAGAUUAAAAGAGGGGCCUUUAGAUAUUACAAAUUGUUUUUCACUAAUGGUUACUGAAGACAAACGUUCACAAAGAUUUACUUUUUUUAAUGUUAUGCAGUUGAUUUGUUAUUGAAUGAUUUUGUCUUCAAAUUGGCAGGAGUGGGGUAUUACUGAACAUGCACCAACGUGAAUAUUAUUUGUUGCUGUUAUUUGUUGCUGUCCUCAAGGAUUGAUAUAAAAACCUGUGAUCUUCUUGGGUAAAUACAUUUUUCUGUCUAAGAACAUACUUUUAUUCAAUAUCACUUAUUCAUGGUGUUAUGAUUAAAUUUGAUUUUAAUAGCAACAAGACUUAAAAAUAGGAUGAUCCACUAACCAUAAUAUCUCUUUAAAAAGGCAGAUAUGGAGUCAAAAUGAAGGGGAAGCAUUAUGCAGCUAAUAAAUCGGCAGCCUUGCAAGCACAGCAGAGUGAUCAAAUUUAAGUGAAUAUUUACUCAGAGCAUUUACAGUCUGACCUUUGGAGAGUUCAUGGGGUCAGUCAUGUAGAUUGUCUGGCUAAGGGCAAAAUACAAUACUUACUGUUUUUUUUUUUAUGUCUGGAA